UUGUUGCGACAAAUCCUCAAACAGAACACACCCAAGUUGUCUGCCCCCUCCCGCAUAGUCGCAGCAGUCCCAAAUACGUGCUACCUAGGUCGUACUCCCCAAGAGGCAAGAACCCUAGAUCCCGAAUCCAGCACAGCACGCGUUUGACCCCUGCGCAUGCAGCCGUAAAACUCUGAUUUCUCUCUUUGCAGCCUCCUCGCUCCUCGAAAUACCACGGUUCUUCCUCUCCUCCUUGUCUGAGAUCCUGAGCGGGGAUGGGAGAAGCCAAGGACGCCGAGGUGUACGAGGAGGAUCUCGUCGACUACGAUGAGGAGGUGGAGAACGCCGUCGACGGCGCAGCCGCCAACCCUUCCGUCGACGUCGUCAAGAAGGGUUACGUCGGAAUCCACAGCUCAGGGUUCAGGGACUUCCUGCUCAAGCCAGAGCUGCUCCGUGCGAUCCAGGACUGUGGGUUUGAGCAUCCUUCCGAAGGUAUAAUUUCUUCUGACAUUUUCGGUCGGAGGAGAGGAUAUGGUAAAACUCUCCAUUAGUGGGCCCAGAAGGUUAAAUAUUUCUCACUGGUGCUACUCCUAUUUUGUUUGGCUCCACAUCAGUGCAACAUGAAUGCAUCCCUCAAGCCAUUCUCGGAAUGGAUGUUAUCUGUCAAGCAAAAUCUGGGAUGGGCAAGACUGCUGUUUUUGUCCUCUCAACUCUCCAGCAGAUUGAUCCGGUUGCUGGGCAAGUAGCUGCACUUGUGUUAUGCCAUACACGAGAGUUAGCAUACCAGAUUUGCAAUGAAUUUGAGAGGUUUAGCAAGUACCUGUCAGAAACAAAAGUUGCUGUCUUCUAUGGUGGCGUUCACAUAAAAAAACACAAGGAUUUGUUGAAGAAUGAAUGUCCUCACAUUGUGGUUGGCACACCUGGAAGGAUCCUUGCUCUGGCUAGAGACAAGGACCUUUCAUUGAAGAAUGUGAGGCAUUUCAUUCUUGAUGAAUGUGACAAGAUGCUUGAUUCACUUGACAUGCGUAGAGAUGUCCAGGAGAUCUUCAAGAUGACACCCCAUGAUAAACAAGUGAUGAUGUUUUCAGCAACACUCAGCAAGGAGAUUCGCCCGGUUUGCAAGAAAUUUAUGCAAGAUCCCAUGGAAAUUUAUGUUGAUGACGAGGCUAAACUGACCCUUCAUGGUCUAGUUCAGCACUAUAUUAAACUAAGUGAGGCGGAGAAGAAUCGGAAAUUGAAUGAUCUCUUAGAUGCGCUUGACUUCAACCAAAUUGUGAUAUUUGUUAAAAGUGUUGGUAGAGCUUCAGAACUUAACAGGCUGCUCUGUGAAUGCAAUUUUCCUGCGAUCUGCAUACAUUCGGGAAUGACACAGGAGGAGAGGCUGACCCGGUAUAAGAAUUUCAAGGAAGGGCACAAGAGGAUCCUUGUGGCUACGGAUUUGGUUGGCAGGGGGAUUGAUAUUGAGCGUGUCAAUAUUGUCAUAAACUAUGACAUGCCUGAUUCUGCUGAUACAUACUUGCACAGGGUUGGAAGGGCUGGGCGUUUUGGAACCAAAGGGCUUGCAAUAACAUUUGUUGCUUCUGCCUCUGACUCUGACGUCCUCAAUCAGGUGCAAGAAAGGUUUGAGGUUGACAUCAAGGAGCUGCCUGAGCAGAUCGACACUUCAACAUACAUGCCAUCUUGAAGAUCCAAGUGGGGGGCUAGGAGGGUUUGCUUUUCAGACACAGCACCUUUACAUUUCUAUUGGGUUACAUAAACUUUGAUGUAAGAGAUGCUCCAGUUGUACUUAAUCAGCGAUUGAAUCUGCUGAGUAUUUUGUUGUAGUACUCAGACUUAUGGUUGUUAAGGAACCUGUUGGAAAUGUUGGUGUUCA